UUCCCCAAGCGGGUCCGGAGGGGCAUCGUGGGCGGGGUUCGUGCAACCAGCAAGUACAGGAGAAGCAAAGAUGACGACGUAAGCCAACAAAGGUUGUGUGAGACGAACAGAUCGCGUCAAUUGGUGGCGCCAGGCUUGAUGGUGGUGGUGGUGCCGGGUUGGCAGGGCAGUGGUUCGUCCUGUGACACAAUUACAACAACUUUGCGCUGGUGCUGGUGAAAUUUCUGAUCCUAAGAAAUCUUCCCAGUCGCGAGAGCUUCUGCUUUUCCUGCUGUUCCCGCCUACCCUGCGAUGUGACCCAGUAGCCAAGCUCCCCAGCCUCGCUUCCGCUGCUUUUACCAUUACGUUGAGAUUUUUCGUCGCUGUCACCUUAGGUGGGGAAACGGCGGCGAUAAAGUUUGGUGUGUCAGUCUUACGCGGAGACGGCAUCUUUUCCAGCUUUGGACUAGGGGUUUAUGGGUUUUAGCUUUGGAGCUUUAAAUUCGUUGGGUUUCCAUGAAAUCCUGCGGAGUGUCCCUGGCUACCACCGCCACAGCUUUCGGCGAUGAAAAGAAAAUGGCGGCGGGAAAAGCGAACGACCAAAGGAAGGAUGGAUCCCUCAGCUUGACAGCCGAAGAGACGGAGGCACUUGGCGGAUUGGACAGCCGUCUGUUUGGGUUCUUGAGAUGUCAAGAAGAUGGCGCCAGGACCAAGACCCUCUUGGGCAAGGCUGUUCACUGCUAUGAAUCUUUAAUCUUAAAAGCUGAAGGAAAAGUGGAGUCUGAUUUCUUUUGUCAAUUAGGUCACUUCAACCUCCUAUUAGAAGAUUAUCCAAAAGCAUUAUCUGCAUAUCAGAGAUACUACAGUUUACAAUCUGACUACUGGAAGAAUGCUGCCUUUUUAUAUGGCCUUGGUUUGGUCUACUUCCACUACAAUGCAUUUCACUGGGCAAUUAAAGCAUUUCAAGAAGUGCUUUAUGUUGAGCCCAGCUUUAGUCGAGCCAAGGAAAUUCAUUUACGACUUGGGCUUAUGUUCAAAGUAAAUACAGACUAUGAAUCUAGUUUAAAGCAUUUUCAUUUAGCUUUGAUUGAUGAUAGUCCCUGUACUUUGUCCAGUGUUGAAAUUCAGUUUCAUAUCGCCCACUUGUAUGAAACCCAGAGGAAAUAUCACACUGCAAAAGAAGCCUAUGAGCAACUUUUACAGACAGAAAACUUACCUGCACAAGUAAAAGCAACUGUUUUACAACAAUUAGGAUGGAUGCAUCAUAAUAUAGAUCUACGGGGAGAUCAAGCAAGUAAGGAAAACUAUGCUAUCCAGUACCUCCAAAAGUCAUUGGAGGCAGAUCCGAAUUCUGGCCAGUCUUGGUAUUUCCUUGGGAGGUGCUAUUCAAGUAUUGGGAAAGUUCAGGAUGCCUUUAUAUCUUAUAGGCAAUCUAUUGAUAAAUCAGAAGCAAGUGCAGAUACAUGGUGUUCAAUAGGUGUUCUCUAUCAGCAACAGAAUCAGCCUAUGGAUGCUUUACAGGCUUAUAUUUGUGCUGUACAAUUGGACCACAGGCAUGCAGCAGCCUGGAUGGACUUAGGGAGUCUUUAUGAAUCCUGUAAUCAACCUCAGGAUGCCAUUAAAUGCUACUUAAAUGCAACUAGAAGUGAAAGUUGUAGUAAUAUUUCUACACUUGCAGGAAGAAUGAAGUUUUUACAGGCUCAGUUGUGUAACGUUCCACAAGGUAGUCUACAGAAUAAAACUAAAUUACUUCCUAGUAUUGAGGAGGCGUGGAGCCUACCAAUACCUGCAGAGCUUACCUCCAGGCAGGGUGCCAUGAACACAGCACAGCAGGCUUAUAAAACUCAUCAUCCAAAUAUUGAAUCUGUAUUAGACCUCAGUCAAACACCAAGUUCAGAGCAAUCCUUGCCAGUACAUACAAUUACUUCUACCCAAGUAGAUAGCCUAUCCAGUCCUGCGAAGAGGAAAAGAACAUCUAGCCCAAUAAAGAAUAGUUCUGAGCACCAGAAUAGUCACCCGAUUGAUUCAAAUAUUCCAGUACAGCAAAAAGUUCACUCAUGCUGUUUGACACCACUGAAAUUACAGCACUUGCAAGAGUUGUGCACAAAUAGAGAUAAUUUAAAUCCAGCACAGAAAGUCAUGCUGGCACAAUUGGAAAAUCAGAUUGUCUUGAUGAAACAAAUGAGACAAACAGCACAAACUCCUGGAAUUCCUAAUGGGCAAAUGGCUGACUCAUCACUGCCUACAGAAUCUAUCUCUAGCCACCAACCUGCUCUGCCCAGAGUUCCUAGUGUCUCACAGCCUGAAGUUGGCUGUGGUUAUUUUGAAAAGUCUUUGUCCAGUGGACCAUUUUUUGCAGGCUAUGCUCCUUGUGGCACAUCAAAAACACUAGGGAGUACUGACACUCUUUUGGUAGGCAAUCGGCAUAUAACAGGAAGUGGAAGUAAUGGAAAUGUGCCUUUUCUUCAGCAAAACACAUUCACUCUACCUCAUAACUACACAAACCUGGCCAGCAGUGCAGAAGAGCCAUGGAGAAUUUACCUGUCUAACUCCACUCAGGGGCUUCCAAAAGGUCAGAGUUUACAUUUGGCAGGACAUAAUGAUGAACAACCUACAUUUUCCACUGGGCGUGCCCAGUAUCUUCAGGCAGCUAACACUGGUAUUCAGAAACUGACUGGACAUCGAACCCUGCCUAGCAAUUUAGUAAUACAGGGUGCUGUUCUCAAUCACCUUUCUUCUCAGAUUGGUACUUCAGGUGGACAACAAGACAUUAUCUUUACCAAAGAGAACAAACCUUCAGGAAAUAUAUCUUUGGUGCCUGAAACAAACAGGCAUGCUGGAGACACACCUAAUGGCAGUGCUAAUGUGAAGGAGCUUUCUUAUGAUGUUGAGCAGUUGAUGGCAGAACCUGUUUGCAGUUUUAACCAUGGAGAUUGCACAUCACCAAAUUUAAUAAUUUCAGACAAUCCUCAGAUCUCUGCCUUGCUAAUUGGAAAAGCUAAUGACAGUGUGGGGCCUGGAGCUUAUAACAAAGUCAGUAAUAUUCCCCCAGCUAUUUAUACAAAGACUAAUAACUCUGGUGCCUCUUCACCCUUUUCAGCCAUUUGCACCUCGACACCUUCUCCAAAAUCCACUGAGCAGACAACAAUAUACAGUUUUACCAGCCUUAACAGUCCUCAUAGUAUGUUAAACAGAAUUAAUGGAGAAGGGCUAGAGGACUCACAGAGCUCUAAAAAAACAGACUUGUCUAUAAUUAGACACCAACCUGGUCCUCAAAUCAUACCAUCGAUGUCUGUGUCCAUAUAUCCAAGUUCCACAGAAGUUCUGAAAACAUGCAGGAAUCUGAGUAAAAAUGGCUUGUCUAAUAGUCAAAUUUUGUUGGAUAAAUGUCCACCUCCAAGACCACCAACUUCACCAUAUCCUCCUUUGCCAAAGGACAAGUUGAAUCCACCUACACCUAGUAUUUAUUUGGAAAAUAAACGUGAUGCUUUCUUUCCUCCAUUACAUCAAUUUUGCACAAAUCCAAAAAACCCUGUUACAGUAAUACGUGGCCUUGCUGGAGCUCUUAAAUUAGAUCUUGGGCUUUUCUCUACCAAAACAUUGGUAGAAGCUAAUAAUGAACAUACAGUAGAGGUGAGGACACAGUUGUUACAACCAGCAGAUGAAAACUGGGAUCCUACUGGAACAAAGAAAAUCUGGCGUUGUGAAAAUAAUAGAUCUCAUACUACAAUUGCCAAGUAUGCGCAGUACCAGGCCGCCUCUUUCCAAGAAUCAUUGAGAGAAGAAAAUGAGAAAAGAACACAACAUAAGGAAUGUUCAGAUAAUGUAUCCACAUCUUCAAAUUCUUCUGAAAGGAGAAGGAGAGGACCUUUUAAAACUAUAAAAUUUGGGACCAACAUUGACCUUUCUGAUGAGAAAAAGUGGAAAUUGCAGCUACGUGAGCUGACUAAACUGCCUGCUUUUGUGCGUGUCAUAUCAGCAGGAAAUCUUCUAAGCCACCUUGGUCAUACCAUUUUGGGCAUGAAUACAGUUCAGCUCUACAUGAAAGUUCCAGGGAGUCGAACACCAGGUCAUCAAGAAAAUAACAACUUCUGUUCUGUUAACAUAAAUAUUGGUCCAGGUGAUUGUGAGUGGUUUGUUGUUCCUGAAGAUUAUUGGGGUGUUCUGAAUGACUUCUGUGAAAAGAAUAAUUUGAAUUUCCUAAUGAGUUCUUGGUGGCCCAACCUUGAAGAUCUUUAUGAAGCAAAUGUUCCCGUAUAUAGGUUUAUUCAGAGACCAGGAGAUUUGGUCUGGAUAAAUGCAGGCACUGUGCAUUGGGUUCAGGCUAUUGGCUGGUGCAACAAUAUCGCUUGGAACGUUGGUCCCCUAACAGCCUGGCAAUAUAAAUUAGCAGUGGAACGGUACGAGUGGAACAAAUUGCAAAGUGUGAAGUCAGUAGUACCCAUGGUUCAUCUUACCUGGAAUAUGGCACGAAAUAUCAAAGUCUCAGAUCCCAAGCUUUUUGAAAUGAUUAAGUAUUGUCUUCUGAAAAUUCUAAAGCAAUGUCAGACAUUGAGGGAAGCUCUUAUUACAGCAGGAAAGAAGGUUAUAUGGCAUGGGCGGACAAAUGAUGAACCGGCACAUUACUGUAGCAUUUGUGAGGUGGAAGUUUUCAAUCUGCUUUUCAUUACUAAGGAAAGCAAUUCUCAAAAGACCUACAAAAUACAUUGCCAAGAUUGUGCAGAAAAAACAAGCAGCAACCUGGAAAAUUUUGUGGUACUGGAACAGUACAAAAUAGAGGAUCUGAUGCAAGUCUAUGACCAAUUUACAAUAGUAAGUGAAUUCAACAUGCUCCUUCAUUAUCACUCUCCUCUUCAUGAUAUUGCCCCAUGAAAAAUAAAUGGCACCUUUUCUGCUCUUCAGGAAAGUUCUGCACCACUAGAUUUGUAGCUGUUAAGUAAGACUGACAGAAACCUAUGUCAGUGGGACUUUUCAAGAACAGAGCCAACCAGGUGGAAGUCAAAGAGUAUUGCCUCUAUUCCAAGACUUCCACAAAGCUGAUCCAGCUAUACUGUACCUGCAAUCACAUUUCAUGAUACCUGAUAGAACUGGCAGUGUCAGACAGACUACUGACUUGAAGACAACCUUUCUGUUUCCUUAUUUCUAAACUGAUAUUAAUUAGUUUUAUCUGUAUUUUACACUUUCACAGUUUUCCUGGGGGAAAAAUGCUUUGUUAAUUGGCCAUUCAUGUGGUAAGCCAGUUAACAGAUUUAAAGAUCAACCAUUUUUUAAUGUGAAAAAUUAGAUGAGAGUUUUUAUACUGCUUUAUGCUUUUCUGUAUUGUUUUCAGGCUACAAUGAUAAUGUUUUUGGUUCCAAAACAAAACUUUGAAAAAAUUUUAAUAUCCUAAUACCCAAGGCACAAAGACAGUAAUAGAUUGCACAGACUACAGAAUACAACUUCAGAUACGUGAUUUGGUUUAGAAUUUUACACUAUUUAUAAAUAUAUAUUUAUCGCUUGAAAAUAUUUAAAUGGAAUGCUAUUUUCAUUUGAGAUUUACUUACUAAAUAUUAAGGAGUUCUGUAAUUUAUACACUACUCCUUUUACAUUUUCUAUGUGUAAAUAAAACUGCUAAGCAUUGUACAGAAACUUUUAAUAAAAUUGUUUAAUGUUUGAAGGGUUUUCCACUGAGUUUUAAAGAGAGAUUCUGUUAAAACUAACUUGGUUCAUUUUCAAAUCUGAUUAUAUAUUUAUAUGUACAUAUAUAUGCACACAAAUGUAUAGCAUAUCAAUAUAUAUAGAAAUAGCAAUAUGUAAUUGUAUAAAGAGAAAGCAAACUUGUGUUUUCACAUGUAUGAUAGUUUUUUAGGUGCCUACUGUAAAAUACUGCUUACAAAGGAGUGCUUAUUUUUAAAGUAAUGUCUUUUAGUCUGGUUUAUUAAAUUGCACUUAUUUCAAUGAUAACCAAUAAACAAUUCCUGGCACAAGGUA